CAAAUAUCUGUCCGUGUUUCCUCAGCAACAGAGAAGAGAUUGCAUCUUGUAGCAAAGACUGGUAUCGAGUGGGCCUUGAGCGUGACGUUUUAUGUUGGACAACAACAAAUAGCAGGGCCUACAUGUUGUAGCCUGGCGGUGUGCGCUAUCAUUGAGGCGUGAAUAGUCUCGGCAGAAUUGUAGUGGAGUACGAUCCAGGUAUACCGUGGUGGUACACACUUGCCGUGAAGAGGAGGAUUUUAUUAACAUUCCUUGUGUAUAUAGUGGGAUUGCUAUACAGUGAUUUUAACUCGACCAACUACACACUAAAUCUUACAACCUGCAGCAAUGGCGUUAGGAAGCUGUCAUACAUGCAUCAAGUAUUUGAUGUUUGCGUUCAAUUUCUUGUUUUGGUUACUGGGAUGUGCUAUUCUUGCUGUCGGAAUUUGGAUCCUAGUAGGAGACAACUUCAACAAGUAUGUAGAUGGCGCUGAGGAGUUCGGAUUUCUCCACACGGGGGCGUACAUCCUGAUCGUGGUGGGUGUCAUCAUUAUGGUCAUCGGUUUCCUUGGAUGCUGUGGUGCCAUCCGGGAAAGCCAAAUCAUGCUUGGACUGUUCUUUGGGUUCCUCUUCGUCAUCUUCGCGGUGUUACUUGGAGCUGGAAUCUGGGCAGUGAUGGCGAAAGAUUCACUGAAGCAGCUUGUCUCCGAUGUUCUUCAGAAGAAGGUGGAACAGUCAUGUCAAAAUGACCAAGCAUCAAAGAACUUCAUGAAGAUGGUCCAAGACGAGUUUGAGUGCUGCGGAGCAACCUCUGGUGUGGUUGAUUACCUAACUUCCAGCUGUGUCAUCAACGCCAACAUAUUCCCUUGUGUCGCCGAAUCGACCAUGUCGGGCUGUAACGAGAAACUCUACGACUUUUUCUCGGAGAAUCUUCUGAUUGUUGCCGGAGUGGCCAUAGGUAUCGCCUUCAUACUGAUUCUGGGAAUGAUAUUCUCCAUGGUUCUUUGUUGUGCUAUCCGGGAUGUGUCAGCGUAACGCUCCCACAGAUUUUUCUGAUUGUCGUUAUUUAUAUGAAUGUUUAAGGCAUCAAUGUAGUGAAUUCUUCAUUUCAACUGAGAUUGGAUGGCAGCGGCUGCUGGUUGACACGUUGUCACAUCACGUGAGAAAUUUGCAGAAUGUGUAAUUUACGUGCCCAGUAUGGGAAAUAUGCGUGUGUAUCGCUAUCGCAAAAAAAGAACUUUUGGAAAGAGAAAUUCGGCCAGAAUAUAUUUCUAAACCGGAAAUUUGUUGCUUUGGAAAUGUUUUGAUAUUACUUUUAGUAUAUGUUUAUUAUAAGUUGUCAUGGAAAAUGGCAAAAUGCAUAGUGACUGACAUGUGAAGAAAAGCUGAUACAUGUGCUUAUCUUCGCUAUAUCGGUUCUUCUUUCCUGGUUUUAUAGUUCAUGCUGUAUGUAUUGUCGGCUGGAACUAAUAAGGUCAUCAAUAGUUUUUGUACUUAGUCGUCGAUUUUACCUGAAAAUUUCAUUAGUUAAUGAGAUCGUAUAUAUUUAGUGCUUUACGUUUGUUUAAACAGUCAUUUCAUCUCAUCGAUUAGACGUUAUUUCAUUAAUAUUAUGUUGCUGCUUGCCAUCUGUACUAUAUAUAUAUAUAUACAUGUGUCUUGUCAUAUGUGGAGGUAAAGUGAACGGACGAACGGACGUGCAUAUAUAUAUGGAAGUCUGAUGAUGAUCCAACUACGCAGGACGAUCGGAUGGGCAUCCCUGUUUCCGUGGAACUGGCGCAACGCGCUUACCUUGGCAUCAGUGUUUCUCAUAUUUACAUUGAUUAACAUAAUUUUUGUAAGAUGUUUAAAAUUUGUAUUUUGUGUAGGUAUAUAGCUUUUAACUAGUGUAUUUUUUAAAGAAAAAAUAAACCCAAUGUGAAAAGAUCUUGUCCACUACAUAAUUCUAAAAGGUGCCAGUGACCGAGACGUUUUUUCUAUUCGAAAUUAUGGUCACUAAUUAAAAUCUCUCACUGGAAGUAGGCUGCUGCCUAUGACAGCAACACCACGCGGAAAGAAAUUAAAGUUAAUUUUGUGCAAUGGUUUUGGAGGCAAAAUAAGCCUUGUUAACUUGCUUCAGUCUGCCUUGAGCUGCAGUUACAUUCUCGAAUAUUUUUUCUGUACAUAUUCGUUCACAAAUAACGCAUGUGACACAUAUAUUUGUGCACAUGUGUGUGAUACAAUAUGAGGGAUAUUUCUGUUUUCGCUUCCGCGUGAUGACUUCUUAAAUAUUGCAUCCAGAGAAUGCCCUAAUCUUUAAGUGCCUAGAAAGAAUGAAGAAAUUAUGCAAUUUAUGAAACCAACACGUGUAGAGGAUUUCUAUUAUGCUUACAUAUGGAUCAAUUGUGCCGCUUACCUUAGCGACCUCUAGUGGCAAUCAGAAUGUAUAAAGUAUCGGUCGAUAACUCUACACAACGAGUCACAAAUUUAGACUGGUUUCUUGAUUUAAACAUUUGCCUUUUUGUACUCUUUCGCAAUGGCAGUUCAUUUAAUCAGACACGGGUCUUCUUGUUAUCAUGAAAUCUUUAUUUUUCUAUAUAAAUGUGGUGGACACUAUCUUUAGUUAUUGCAUUUGUACCCAGUGUUGUGUUUGUAUGCCCAGUGUACUUGUGUGUAAUGUCUGUAGCGCCGUUAUAUGAAGCAUAAUACUAUACAGCUAAGGUUUAUAUAACAAAUUAUUUUAACAUAAAAAUAAAAGUAACCCAGCCCAGGAUUCGAAACUCAAAACUCUCUCAAAUGGCACGGAUGCAUUCCCCUUUGGCGAAUUUAAAUAGGAACGUUUUCUGUUUCUGAAAACGUAUUAAGUCUACAAUAUGCAAAUAACACAAGUGCAUAAGGAUAGAAUGCCCGCAUAUUUCAUACACCGUUUGAGGAAUCAUAAGGAAUGUAUAUUUUGAAAAAAAAUAGUUCACUGUUUUAAUGUGUUUUGAAACAAUAUCGAUCACGUAAGUGUUAUAUCUUCAGAUAAAUUUCCCACUUUUGGAUUUUUUCAAUCAUCAUUGCCAAUAUUUUCUACAAAAAAACUAAUUAUACAUUAUACAUUAAAUUCAUUUCGAACGAAGAUGAAAUCUGAAGCCAUAGAGCCCGCGAGCAAUAGAUUGCAAACCGAAUUUUACGUUUUUGACUGCUGUUCCUUUUAAUUUGUCGAAACAUUGAUAUUAACAGUUUUAGUCUUUAGGAAGAAGUCAUUAUCCUUUGUUUUAUCACAGAUAUUUGUAUAAUAUAUUUAUCUUGUCGAUACAUUAUACAACUAGUAUCAUACUCUGAAGGACUUAUCUGUACUAAUUUAAUUGAUUUUGACACACAUUUCUUACGUGGGAAUGAUAAGUGUAGAAUAUCGUUUCUUGUGUUGACUGGGUUAAAUGCAAUAAAAUUUCCUUUUGAAAUAUCA